AUGGCAACGACCGAAAUGCACACAUUGUACCCCACUCAAUCGAAGUCAUGCCUCCCACAGGAAGUUGAGGCAAUUACCUCGAGUGACGUGCAGCACCCAAUAGAUAUAACAACAGAGAAGCGUAUUAGCCGGAAACUGGACCUCCACAUUAUUCCAUGGUUAUUCUUCAUGUGGUUCUUCGGAUCCCUAGAUCGAGCGAACAUUGGCAAUGCCAGCAUUGCUGGUCUUUCCAAGGACUUGAAAUUGGAAAAUGUCCAAUUCAACGUGGCGCUCUUGGUUUUCUACAUCCCUUACGUCGUCGUUGACAUACCGUCGAACUUUCAUCUUGGAGACGCUGGAGUUCACACGAGCUUCCGGGACGAAGAACAUGCUUAUCAAACAUUUUCAAGCGGGCUACUAUCUCCCAGCUCUUGUCAUUGUCUGGGUCAGUCUCGGGAUCCGUCACUAUCAGCUCGAUCUAACGCUCUGGUACAGGGACUCACCUGUACAAGCAUGGGAUUUGUCAAAUCUUAUGGAGGUCUUAUCGCCGGUCGCGCGAUUCUGGGCAUGUGUGAAGGUGGACUCAUUGGCGGGAUACUAGUCUAUCUUGCCUUGUUCUACCGGCGACAGCAAUUGCUGACCAGGAUCGGACUCUUCGCAUGUGCCGCCCCACUUGCGAUUGCCUUCGGUGGACUAUUGGCAACGGGGUUGUCCAAAAUAUCUCGUGGAGGAUACAACGGUUGGCCAUGGAUCUUCUUUGUGGAGGGAGCAAUCACAGUAGCCUACGGCAUCCUUACGCUAUUUUUCUUGCCACAUACACCUGCUCAGGCAAAAUUCCUCAACGCGCAGGAUCGCGACAUAGCCGUUCGCCGGAUGAAAGAGGAUGCUGAUGGUGCGAUGGCGGCUGAUGAAGCGCGCGAUGAGCAUUUCAAAUGGCAUUGGGUUCGCAUGGCGCUGAAAAGCCCAAACACCAUUAUUUGCUCCCUAGCAUGUGUCCAGGGCUGGCUGGCGAACAACCUAGCACCACAUUAUGUUCGGGCCACGGGGAUAGGCUUUCAAGUCACCAUCGCCAACUGCGCCGCCUUUAUCGCCACAUUUGCGUAUUUAUCCAAGGACGCGCCUAGAUUUGUCCUUGGGCAUAGCAUCUGUAUUGGUGGACUUGGUCUUUGCGGCAUUACAGCGCUGCUCGGCAUGGGGUAUUGUCGAUGGGAAAACGCACGGCGAGAGAAUGGUGAAAGAAACCAUCGACUGAGUGAGGAACGCGUGGACCUGCUCGGCCAUCGCCAUCCCAGCUUUCGGUACACUAUCUAG